AUGGUCGAUAAAAAGAAUGGCUUCUCGAUUAAGGAGGAUAUUGAGGGUGUAAGAGGCGGAAGGGAGUAGGGAGAGACGUCGGCUGGCGAUCGAAUGGAUGGGCAAAUAAAGAGCUGAGUUCCCGGGUGAGGACGGACUGAUAAAGUGUAGAAAUAAGAGGCGCUUUUACCUGGUCAUCAGUCUCCACUUUUUCAUCUGCAGACCUAAGAUCAGGAACCAGCUCCUGAGUUCUUUUAGUACUCCGUAUGUAGCCAAAUGAAAUGUUCGGAUGUUCUGGGGAAUUUUUCAACAUGUUCAAUUCGAAUUUCCUUCGCAGCCAGGCUCGUUUUCCAGUGCUUCCCCACAUCGGCGUUAUCUAUGUAGAGGGCAAGCAUUUGUAAUUAACUUUGUCUUAAUUUUUUUUGUUAACGUCUGCAUGAGCGGCAUUCCUCUUCCCUUGCACGGGUGACUGAGCACCAAUCAAACUCGCCGAAUGGAGAACUAAGCGUAUCGGCCUACCGACUGGAAGAAGGCUAAACGGGAGGAAGGCUUCCCUGCAAUUUCUGGGUUCCCGCUCUGUUGUCUUCCUCCUACCCUUUGACCGAAUAACCUGUGAUUCGCCUUUUCCCCAGAUCCCUAUUUAAAAAACGUUCCGCUGUUGACGAUUCAGUUUUAAUAUUACCUUUUGAAGUCUGUGUGGCUGAGGUUGCACGAUCUUCAUGAAAGAGAGUUCAGAAACUAAUGUGCCUACAGUCGUCCCAUUGACGACCAACACCAAUCACCCCCUAAAUACGCCAAUCCAGGCGGAACUAAACCGACAGGUAACCCGGAUAUUACAUGCUAUUGUACCAAACACGCGGGCGGAACAUCGUUCCAAAAUAAGAAGAUCUUGUCGAAAGCGAGAUAAGUUUAUUAAGGAACGAAAAUUGCGGGAGAGAGAGAAAGGAACGAGACACAAAGGUACUGAAGAUGGAGAAAAGUUAAACAUGCGCAGGCAGCCAGAAGAUCCAACCACACACGCCACGGAGGAAACCGGUAGUGAAGUGGUUGUCCAAUCAGGCGUUCUUUUCCGUGACCCCGCCCAGGAUUGCUUCUUCGGUUUCUACAAUAAGAUCAAAGCAGGGAAAGAUAACUAUGAUAAGGGGAUGAUCAUGGUGAGUUUUCCAUCACACUUUACUUGACGUUCUUGGCUACAUCACUACAGAAAAUGCGGAAAAGGUCUAGUCGAAUGCUCAACCUAGAACCCAGAAAAUAAACAAACGGACACACUCUUGCUUAAUUAAAACAAACAAACAAAUUGCAAAGCUCAGUAUGCUUAAAAAGCAAAGUAAUAUGUGAAUCAGGAUGAAAAUAUGAUAGGAAAUUACGUUUGUUUGCUGGAAUUUCCCACUGUCUUUCAUCACCAUCCAUCGUUUGCUGAACACUUAAGCAGUUAGUAAGGUCAAAUGACAUUCAUAUCGUCUUCGUCAUAUUUAACCCGCCGACGUUGCCGGAGAGUCCAGUGGAGGCCAAAAAACAUGAAAAAUCCAAAGUUUGAGCAAACUGCCUAAAAUUUCUAGGACGGCUUACUUCAUUCUAACUUACCUUCUAAUAUUCUAUCAAUUUGAACAUCAGAUCGUCAUAGCUAUUGUAUAUAGCGUCUUCGUACGUGACGCCUAAAACUGGCACGCAGCUUUAGUAGUUGUUUUAGCACUACUGUGUACGCGUUGUGGGUUAAUAACCAAACCAACUUUUUCGAGAACUGGGACUUAACCCACGAAUGUCCAGCAAGCUAUUCUCCUUGGAAAUCCUUGCCGUUUCGACCUCUUCAGUCAGCAAAAAUUCAUGGAUGUGGUUCGCUUUAGAGGACGGUGUCCUAGUUCUGUCAAUCUUUCUGUGAACUACAUCGGGAACAUGUGGGCACUUCUUGUCUCGUUAUAGUAGCCGGCUGCCUAAGGAUGCACUUUACUUUGACAUUUCUUACUUGAACGAGUUCAGGAAUGUCAUACACUGGGUCGCUCAGUAACUGAAAGUAUCAUCAAACAUAAUUUAAUGAAUAUUAAACUUAAGAAGUGUCGUGAAAGUCAUUGCAGUUCGCAUGAAGAUGUCCGACAAAUUGCCUGAUAGUCCUCGGAAACAUUCCGCAAAUUGCUGCCGUCUCGCCAGCGUCUCCCGUCUUGUCUUGUAACGACCGAGCGAGGGACGGAUGUCGGAUCGCCGGUUAUGAAGGAAGGGGAUGAUGGUAAUUUGAACUCAAAUGGCCCCGCCGAUUGGAAGAUCCGAUCUAAAAAGUCUUGAGUCUGAGAGUGGACGGGAUCGGGAUGAACAGGCAUACGUGAUAUGGGAUAAGCAGCACAGGUGAUAGAAGAUAUGAUUGAAAAGCCAAUUUGGCAAACACGUGUUUUUGGUAAUUCGUCAUCAGGCCAAAACAGUUACAAAGUUUAAAUUAUGCGAAGUUACAGGGCUUAUAAGUGAUUCAGGGAUUAUAAACACCCAUAAUUCCCACGCCACUCGCAUGACGAGGCGUGCUAUGGCAUGGUCGGUGUGUAGUGGUCAUUGGGUCAAGGGGGCGAGGGAGAGGGGGGACAUAGGCUGUGAGUAAUGUUUGCACGUCGAGUUCGUUGUGCACACACCACUGCUAUCAUGAGGUUAGGACGACGUUGGCCACGGAAGACAGAGUGCCUGUGUCGGCGUCUUCUUACAACAUAGCACUGGAUUGGCUAGCCGCAUAGACACUGCCUCCGCUGUAGCUAGCACCCGUUGGCGUAGACCUCUGGAGAAGGUUGCUGGGGUCCGGUAGACAACCAGAAAGGCUUCUUUGGCAUCGGCUCGGUGUUUCGUAUCGACAACAUGUGCGAGAAUAGAAGUCGAGAUCGAUUUCUUUUCAUCUCUGCCUAGCCAGGCCGGUAUGUGUUCACGUACUCUCUUUUCCAGGCGCCUCGUUGUACGGCCAAUAAUACACAUUAAUGUGACCUGCAACGGGAGUCGGUCUUUACCUCCCAAGCGUAGGAGGGGAGAGUGCGUGAAACACACACGUAACUUCGCAGCGGGGAAAGCGUUAGCGAUCGCUGUCUUCAGACUUCUUCUUACUAAGUCACUUGCUGCGUCCCCUUGAAAAGGCAGUCUUAUUAAUAAGUCUUUCUUUUCUGCAGUUUCUAGGAUGGGCUUUGCAGUGCGCUCCCCUAUAUUUCGGAGGAUAAAUCUUUCUGAGUAUCCGUUUUCGUGUGGUAUAUCCUGCAUCUGUCGGAGUUCUGUCUGAACAGUCUCAGGAGAGCAGAUACGUCGCAUUCUAGCUGCCAAUCCCUCGACCAUAUUGCGUUUAAUAUUUAGCGGAACAAAACUGUGAAAACUAGUGUAUUGACCCGUCCAGGUUUUCUUUCGGAAUAUCCUACUCUGGAUGGACCCAUUCUCUUGUCUGUGCAGAAGAACAUCGAGGAACGCGAUUUCGUUGUCUGUCUCAAACUCUGCAGAGAACUUUACCGAGCGGUGUGUAUUGUUGAAUUUUUGAACCAGGGCGUCUUUGUCGGUUGUAACACCCGUCAGGCAGAAAAUGUCGACCACGUACCGAUCAUUGAUUUUGAGGUCACCAAUAGUGUCUUGCAAACUUGUCAUCUCGACUUUGUCCAUGAAGACAUUUGCGAGGAACGGGCCGAGCCGUGAGCCCAUCGCUAUGCCGUCUAUUUGCCUGUACAGUUGACCAUUGCAGAGAAACUAGACGUUUUGCGUGCACCGUAUCAGUAGUUCUUUUAGCGUCUUCAGUGGCAUAUAUAACCGGUAGUUCGUGUCGCGGAUAACGUCACAAAGGUAGUUAAUAGUUUCAGCUACGGGCACAUUAAUGAACAGUGAUGCUACGACUCAUGAUGAAGAGUUACCGAAAACGCGUGCUUGCCAAAUUUACUUUUCAAUUGUAACAUGAGAAUAAUCACAAAACUUAGAUAAUCCAAAAAAGAUAUAAGUUUAUCCGAGUAUACAAAAAUCGACAACUAAUAAAUGAGGCUACGGAAAAAGGAAAAAUAAAAUGGAAAGACUUAACGGGAAGGGUCUGAGGUUAUUCGUCAGCACGUGGCAUCGGAAGCCUAGCUCCUGCACGGUAAACGGAAAAAGACUGCCUCUAGCGUGACAGUUCAUUAAAGCGCCCAAUGCCGGGUUCCUGGUCCGAUCUCCGGUUGUUAAAGUGUAACAAUCGGAGAUCUGACCAGGUGUAGCGUCCGUCCUCGAUGAGGGUUCUGUGGCCGUGAUCUCACUCGCGUCCUUAUGGGCUGCCUGGGACGUAACGUCGGGGGCUGGAGCACUUUGUCCGGUCUGCGUAUUAUUAGGGUCGUCUUUCUUAGCAUUCAUCAUCGAAUAUCAAUCUUCAGGCUCACGAUAAGACGCGUAAUAUAAUAAGAUUUAUUUUAGGAGGAGAGAAAAGGACGUAGAACAAGGAUCAAAAGGAGUGCCUCAAUUAAUCCGACGAAACGUUAAGUUCUAACUAACUAAACUAACUAACGAACUAACUAUCUCAGUAUCAGUAUAUUUCAGGGAAAGUAAGUGUGUACCUUUGAAAUCCCUAUUGGUUACAUGCAGAGGAUAUAUAUGGAGGAAAUGGAAAGGAAGUAACAUGAAAGAAAUGCGAGGGGAAUAGCAAAAACUGUACAGAUGAACACAGAAUGUCAUGCUUUAACAGAAUUUAGAGGUGCAUUAACCUGCUUCGUUGAUCAAAUACAGCGGACACUUGAGGCACACUUAAGAUUUAAUUUAAUUUAAUCUAAUUUAUUAAAUGCCAGUUUACAGGCAUUGUCAAGUGAAAAGAAGUAAAAUUGUUUAGUCUACAGGCAUGGUGGUGAACGCGAGCAGCGGUGUGCGACGUGGUCUGAAAUUAAUAAAAUACAUAAACACAUGUUACGUAAAUGUUGGUAGCAGCAUCGUAAUAACACUAAAUUGCCAACGUUGGCUGUCAAGGUGGUCGUAGUCCGGCGUUAUUGUAGUGCGCGCUCCAAUGCUGAUCUAGCCUCUUUUUAAAAGUAUCUACGGAGCCCGACAUAACAACAUCCUCAGGCAAGGCAUUCCAAGCUGCAACCACUCUGUUGGAGAAGAAGAACUUUCGGAUGUCUAGCCGGACACCAGCCACACGCAGUUUGAGUGGAUGGCCUCUCAGGUUAGUCGCAGUCGCCAACUCGAAGAAGUCUCCAAACGCGAGGCAGCAGCCCUGAUUGCGCACGAUGCGGAAAGCUUGUAUCAGGUCCCCACGUAGCUGUCUGUAACUCAAAGGAAAGAGGUCAAGAUUAGCUAGUCGUGUUUCAUAGGGUAGUGACCACUGCCUAGAUACAAGUUUCGUUGCUCGCCGUUGAGCCUUUUCGAGUAUGCCCAAGUCUUUAGCGGUCCAGGCCUCUAUGCUUGGAUAGCAAACUCCAGGUGCGGUCGCACGAAAGUUUGAAAGACCUUGACGAAGCAGUCUUCAUCAAAGGAGGAGAACGCACUUUUGACGAGGUAUAGAAUGGACAUCGCCGACUUGGCUACCUUUGAGCAUUGCAGCGAAGGCUUAAGCGCGGUUAUGAUCCAUACACGCAAGUCCUUCUGGGCGUCGACUUCUUGCAGUGGUUUGCCAGUCAGACGGUAGACCGUGUGGUUAGGAGAACUGUUUCUGACGACGCGUAGGAAAUUACACUUGUUUACAUUGAACGGUAGAAGCCAGUCUUUCGACCAUUGCUCGAGGUGGUCCAGAUUUGUCUGCAGUCGUGCCUCGUCAACUUCGCUUUCUAUCUUCCUGAAAUUAAAUUAAGGCUCUGUCGUAUGUUUGUACUUCCAAUUCUCGAGUAUUGUUGCCCAUUCUUUGGUUUGAUGAAUGAAGCCAGUCGUUUAAAAAUUGAAAAUGUCCAAAGACGUUUUUCAAAAAAACUUUUGGAUAGGGAACAUCCCAAUAUCUCCUACUCAGAUAGAUGUCAGCUAAUUAACCUAAAAUUUUUAUGGGUUCGAAGACUAGAAGCGGGCCUCUGUCUCCUCUUUCGCAUUAAUCAUAGUUCAAAUUUUCCUCGAAUUUCAACACUUACCCCUAGUAGUCGCCCAUACAAUCUUCGCAACUCGUCUCUUAUUAUACCUCUUCCAGUGUCCUCCACCUCUAAGCGCUCCCUUUUUUUCGCUUCCAGAUAUACUUUCCUCUGGAAUAACCUUCCAAUAAAUAUAAGAUCUUCAGAAAAUCUACACACCUUUAAGAGAAGGCUACGCCUCUAUCUGAAUACUGACUCGAUUAAACUUUUAUUUUCCUCAUCCUUCCCAGACAACUUUUUCUAUGACACUGAGAAAGGGCCACCGGGAAUUUAGCAUGCCGCUAUUAAAUUUCCGUAUCUGUUCACGUUUCCUUCCUUUAUGAGUAGUCUCGCAACCUAAGAUCCCUCACCAGAAAUUUUAAUUAUUCCAAUUUUUUAGUUCAUGCAUCGUGCCCUCACAGAAUGCGCGCCAUCGACGCUCUUGGCGAAACCUUCUGUAUUCGCCAUAUACUAGUAGUUUGGUCGCAUCUCCCUUCCCCCAUCCUCGGUUGGACUCGGAUGAAUGUAACCGACCGCAUCUGGGUUCCUAUCGCCUCGGGACUGAUCUUCAUGAUGCCCUCACUGAAUGCGCUCCAUCGAUGCUCUUGGCGAAGCCUUCUAUAUUAGCCAUAUACUAGUAAUCUGGUCGCAUCUCCUUUGCCCUAUCCUCGGAUGGACUCUGAUGAAUGUAACAGACCGCAUCUGGGUUCUUGUCGCCUCGAGACUGGUUGUCAUCGUGCCCUUACUGAACGCGCUCCAUCGACGGUCUUGACAAAGCCUUCUAUAUUCGCCAUAUACUAGUAGUUUGGUCGCAUCCCCCUUCCCCCCAUGUUCCCCCCAUGUUCGGAUGGACUCGGUUGAAUGAAACCGACCGCAUCUGGGUUCUUGUCGCCUCGAGACUGGUUGUCAUCGUGUCCUUACUGAAUGCGCUCCUUCGGCGGUCUGGACAAAGCCUUCUAUAUUCGCCAUAUACUAGUUGUCUGGUCGCAUCUCCCCCCAUGCUCGGAUGGACUCGGUUGAAUGAAACUGACCGCAUCUGGGUUCCUAUCGGCUUGAGACUGGUUUUCAAUUUCGGCACUUAUUUUUCUUAUUCAAGGCGAUACAGGCCAGUCCUGACCGACCCGCCUACGUACCAUUUUAUGAAAUCCGUUACGCAAUGCCAUAUACAGCUGACAUUUAUUUCGGCCAUGUUGAUGUCGGACUAUAUUCCAUUUUGUACCGCCACAUGCAGGCCAGUCCUCCCUGUUUUUUUUCUGAUGCUAUUUUUCUGAGGGGUUUUUUUUCUCCUGUUAAAUUACUACAAUCAUUUUUAAAUUUUGCUUUGGAGUUUUUUUACCCCUCGUUUUUUUUUUCAUUUUCAUUUUGCUUAACGGACUUCUAAUCUCAAAAACUAUGCAUUGCACUUUGUGCAGAUUUUGUCUACAUCGUCUAAAAUUUGCAUGUAAAUUUAUUUUUACUUGCUUUGAUGGGACCCCGACGGGUCUUUAAUAAAAAUAAUUAAUUAAUUAAUUAAUUAUGAUAUUCCAGAUCUUUAUGUCAUUGGCAAACAUUGCGACAUCGCAAUUCAGUUCGUUUGCGCAGUCAUUGACGUAUACGAGGAACAGCGUAGGGCCAAGAACAGAGCCUUGGGGAACACCACUCUUAACGGCAACCUCGGCAGAUUGUUGGUCACCGACGUGGACGGCUUGAGAGCGGCCGAUUAAAAAGCUCCGAAUCCACAUCAGAAGCUUACCUCGCACUCCUGCACGGCUAAGUUUGUAUAGAAGGCGGUGGUGAGGCACACUAUCGAAGGCCUUUUUAAAGUCGAUAUAGAUGACAUGCACCAUAUCUCCUCUAUCAACAGCCCUAGUCCAGUGUUCCAGACAGUAGAGCAGGUUGGUCACACAGGAUCUGCUUUUGCGGAAUCCAUGCUGAGAAUCGGAAAGCAAAUGGUUUUGUUCAAGGAACUGCAUUAAUUGUUGCUUUAUUAUCUUCUCCAUAAUCUUACAGCAAAUGGAGGUGAGGCUGACAGGUCUGUAACUGUUCGCAGAGACCCGACUUCCGCCCUUGUACAGCGGCGUAAUCCACGCCGACUUCCAGUCGGGUGACUAAGUAACUAACCAACCAUAGUAACUAGCUAACUAACUAUAUUGGCUGACCAUCUAACUAAUGGACUAACGAACUAACUAUACUAACUAACUAACUAACAGUAUGAACUAUGCUGAAUAACUAAUUAAAUUUUGUGUCGGCUGCGUGAAAAUUUCAAAGGGUGCAACUAUAUAAUAACUUUUUAUCUGAAAAACUUUCUCAAUUGGUCGACUUUCUCAAUGACAUCUUCCGGGUCUCUCAGUGAUUGGAAGUGUCACUCAAACAUAAAUUCGCAAAAUGUAAACUCUUACAUAAGCUGAAAAAAAUAGGGAUCGGUGGCAACUUCCUUAAAUGGAUCGAAAACUUCCUUGUGGGUCGACACCAGGUUGUGUGCAUCGGUCGGGGAAAGUCAGAUCCGGCUAUGGUCGAUAGUGGUGUCUCCCAGGGUUCAACACUGGGACCCAUUUUGUUCCUUAUCGACGUGGACGAUGCCGCAAGAGAUUAAGACUGUGAAGUAGCAAUGUUUGCGGAUGACAUGAAGAUAUGGAGUGUAAUUCGGGGUCCUGCCGAUGAAGACAGACUGCAGAUGAACCUGAAUCGGUUGGAGGAGUGGUCAAACCGUCGGCUCCUGCGGUUCAACGUUGCCAAAUGUAGCAUACUUCGCCUAGGCAACACAGCCAGAUCCGACAGCACAAGAGGCUACUUUCUGGGCGGUGCAGCCCUACAAGAGGUCGAAGCCCAAAGGGACCUCGGUGAGCUUACGACGAGUUCCCUAAAACCAUCCGCCCACUGUUCGAGGGUGGCAAAAAGCGCAAUGUCCGUACUGUACGCCAUCAAGCGUGCGUUUAUGGACUUUGACGAGGAAACUUUCUCUAAGACAUUCGGAACAUUCGUCCGGUCGCAUUUAGAGUACGGCAUACAAGCUUGGAGGCCAUGGGCGGUUGAGGAUCAAAACUGCCUCGAAAGAGUCCAGAGGAGAGCCACGAAGAUGGUUAGGGGUCAAAGCUCCUUUCCUUAUGCAACCCGCCUAGUAAAUCUGAACCUCUUUCCUUUGAGCUACAGACAACCUCGCGGAGAUAUCUUGCAAGCCUUCCGCAUUGUAGAGGGGUUGGAUUGCAGUCUGGCCUUCGAGGACUUUUUUUAAUUUGCUACCACGACCAACCUCCGAGGUCACCCGUUAAAACUGCGCACUCAGCAGGCACGGCUGGAUGUGCGGAAGUUCUCCUUCUCGGUUCGGGUGGUCAAACCAUGGAAUGAGCUUAUCGCAGAUGUUGUGAUGUCACCAUCUAUACAAAGUUUUAAGAAGAAUCUGGACAUAUUUAUGUUCCGAAAUGACCAAGAGCGAUGAGAAGUCGAGCUCACCCCCUGUAGCUCCUUCUCAUUUUGUCCCACCAUUAUGGGCGUGUUCGAACUAUUUUAGCCCAGAACAUCUAUCUGUACACCACACAUUUUUUACGUUGCAAAUAGGGUACUCAAAGGCUUACGCCUAUUUCCCUCAAUAAACUGAACUGAAGUUCCGGAAGCCGUCGCCGCUCGCAUGCAAGUGUUCGACCAAUCAGUAUUCAGCAUUCUGAAACCCUUCCGCAUAUCCCGUUUUUAAUCACUCGCAUCCGCAUACACAGUUUUUUUAGUCACUCGCAGUUUCUGCGCGCAUUUUUCUGCGGACACCUUGUUGUUAGUCCCCACACAUGGCGAACCAUCAAACGUUCAUAACCCUGAAUAGCAGCCAUAAAAUGCCUCAAGUUGGCUUGGGAACAUUUAUGGUUAAAUGUCCUUUUGGUUCACCAGUUUUAGGCGCCUCCUAACGAAGUGGAAAAUGCUGUCCUCGCUGCGAUUGACACCGGCUACCGACACGUUGAUUGUGCUCACAUAUAUGGAAAUGAAAGUGAAGUUGGAAACGCCCUCAAGAAGAGAUUUGACGAUGGGACGAUAAAACGCGAAGACAUUUUCGUUACAUCGAAGGUAACCGAUCGCAACAUUACUAUUGAUGUGUGCAUAAAAUAUAGCUAUGGUGCAAUGCUCAUCGCAUGAAAGAUGUGCGCCCAGCCUGCGAAGACAGCUUACGAAAACUUGGACUGAGAUAUUUGGAUCUGUAUCUGGUUCAUUGGCCUGUGUCCUUCCAUGUAAGUUUGUCUUGUACACUUUAUGUUCGUAGAUAAAGGAGGGCAAGAGCUUCUCAAGGGAUGACCCGGAUGUGCUGGAGUAUGAAGAAGUGCCCUUGGAAGAGACUUGGAAGGCCAGUUUAGUUAUGACAUUCUCAAAUAACAUUUUAAAAGCAGACUUUGACGCCUUUCAUAACAUUACCAUCGUCAGUGUUUCCGUAUAAAUUGCCGACUGCAUGUUAGCCCAUAAAAUUUUUGCUUUGAUUGAUAAUGCCCCUCUGAUCCCUAAGGUGGUUUUACUUCUACAUAUGCCUGUAAAACCCUGUAUUCAAGUCUGAUGGGCCUAGUCCGCCUUGCUCUACGUGCUGGGCUUCCAACAACACGUGAUUAUUGCCUCUGACAACCCUAUAAUUCUCCUGUCGUUGCCACCAAUAUCUGUGUAGGCCAUGGAGGACCUCGUCAAAGCUGGUCUCGUCAGGUCAAUCGGAGUUUCGAACUUUAACAAGACUCAACUUGAUCGAAUUCUGGCCAUCUGCAAAAUUCCUCCUGCGGUAAACCAAAUCGAAGUAUCUGUGAACUGGUUAAAUGAAAAAAUGAUAAAGUACGCGCACUCCAAGGGUAUUCAAAUCACGGCCUACGCCCCUUUCGGAUCUCCCGGCGUAAUGACGUGAGUUUCCAUGUAGUUCUUCUUAUGGUCAGCUUAUUUGGCUAUAUAUGUGAGUAAACGCCAUCCCUUUCAGCUUUUAGUAGGACGGUUCAAAAAAGAGUCAAGAGUCGGAACCAGGUAGCUGACUUUAAGCGUUAACCGCCUUCAUUUCGCUUUGAUUAGCUUUCACAGUAAAUAUCGAUUGUUUGCACUUAGUAAUUCGAACUCUGUGGUCCCAUGAUCUUGUUGUGUUUGCGCUCUUCGACCUACCGCCCGGCUAAUUUCCAUAACCGGCUAACGCCACUUUUGAGAACACUGUUAAAAUUACUUUGCCAACCGAUCGGAACUGAACAAAUCGUUUUCGGACGGAGACUACUGUCUUACCUUUCGUCUUUCGGUGCACGAAUAAGUAGUACAGAACCCACGGCAUUUAUGAAAUCAAGCUCAUUGCCUCCAACAGUCAACUGUGCUUGAAGUUUGCGGUUCCUUUUAGUACUUAUGAUGACGUUCGAGACGACCGAUUCAGUUGAUUUUAUGCUGCAGACUAUCCGCCCGUUGAAUAAGUAUCCUACCGAGCUGCAUGUUAGCGGCAGACUCCCGCACGCAAAUUUCCUAUGUGCUUGCGGAGGAUGUAAAAACGUAGGCUGUGGGACAAGAGGUAUGCCUACGACCCACUUUCAUCACCAUCUUUGACUUCCGUUGUCCACCUAACUUCCAUCGCCCACCAACACUAGGUUUAGACGAACUUAAACCGCGGACGACUUUGUGAAGUACACGGAGUAGUUCUCGGACUGAUCGAGUAGGGGUGAUCUCUGUGGGCUACAGAGCCGUCCAGACCCAGUAUGAAAUCCUGCCAUGCUAUUAAAAUGCUAAAGGAAAUUCAUGUUCAGAUUUCGAAGCUCUGACAUGAAGGUGAAGAAGAGUAAAAGGUAAUUGGUUAACGAAAAUUAAAAUCAAAGGAGGCCGCAUAAAGUGCCGAUCAAUAUAUGCUUAGCAGGCAUUUAAGCUUGCAUCUAAAAGGCCCUCGUCUUACGCAGCCGGCUAACUUACGGGUUCCCGAAUUCAGGCCAUUGGCCUGCAAUCUCAUUUGCUCCUACAGCUAAUGCAAUUGAGGUCCGUCCUUGUAGACGACACCUGAGCAUGCCUAAACCGUAACCUACACAUCGGCAUGCAUGAAGGCCUGCAAAGUUAAAUCUAUCGAUCGGUGCUAAUGGUCAUUUAUUUCUGUUCUAACCUAUUGUCUCUUUCCAAUAGAGAUGCCCCACCUCUGUUGGAAGAAGAAUUUGUGAAGAAAAUCGCUAGCGCCCAUGGGAAGACCCCGGCCCAAGUACUCAUUCGACAUGCAAUGCAACGAGAUCUCAUAGUCAUUCCAAAGAGCACAAACGGGAAGAGAAUCGAGGCUAACUUCGAUGUAAGUCCUACUUCUUUUUUAUUCCCAGGGAUUUUGACAGUUAUUCUCCCAGAUUGAGUUUCCCGAUUUACAGGGUUCGUGCUUUCUCAGCGUUUCCACAAAAUGCUUAUUAAAGAAACCAUAGAUCUAGGUAAUUUCUUUAUGACAGCUUCAUCCGAUCUGUUUUGGUUAACACUUCUGGUGGCUAGAGAGGUGGCAAUUCGACUGCUAAAGGCAGUCACUUUAAGACGCCGAGUCCGGUGUCUUUUUUAGUUUACAGAUACAAUUUCAGUCAAUGACAGGAGCCAUUGCCUCUGGUGCCUACACGUUGAUAGAUGUUAUACCAACCUCUGCUGAUACCAAUACAAUUAGCCAACGCUCUAAAAUCUAUGAAUUACGUGAGCCUAGUAGUCAUCUGGUGAAUUCUAGGUGAAUCACUUGGGAAAUCCUGCUUGGGCAGUCAGCUUACUGUAUCAGAUUUGGUGGAUUCUAGACGAUACAGUAGGUUGGGCGAGUAACUUGACCCAAAUGUGAUAAAACUCGCGUCGUCCGGUGGGGCCUCGUAGCUCAGGUGGUUAGAGCGUUGGCUGUACUAAGGCCUUCCUCUUACAGCGUGGGUUCGAAUCCCACCGAGGCGCUGACUUUUUUACAGUUGGGUCAAUAUGAAUUAUUCGAAAUCUGCCUAAACAUCUAUGAAUUGUUAAGUUUAAUCAGCUGGUGAUUUGUCAACCAAAACAUCGGGACGGUGCUCGUGUGGGACGAUUAAUAACAGCUGACAGUGGCUUAACACUGAACAAAUAGGCUAACGUGCGUCCAAAAAUGACCUUUACCUAUGAACCAUUGUACUGGAUGUUUCGUGGUCAGAUAAAGAUUUUAUUUCUUUGGAGAUUCCUUCAACGAUAAUUGCGAAAGUCAGUAAUUGCAAAAAAUGUAUGCUAAUUAACAUGUGACAUCCGCAGCCAGAUUCAUGGAAUGCCUUCAAUAUUUUGAGAUUUGUCCACUAUUCUCAGAUUAUAUGCCGUGCUUAUCGGCAUCCAAAAUCUCAGUUGAGUUGUUCCUUCCAUCUAACCACUUAAACCUAAAUAGCUUGAUAAAUGUUGCUCGGAUUUGACGCGUACCUCGUUGCCUUUGCUACCGGUGUUCCUAUUCUUUUUGGAUUUGACAUUUUAAGGCACCUGCUUGUCCUAAUAAGUCUUUUAUCUGUCUUAAGUCAUGCAAACAUUUCCCUCAACAGUGUUUUUAAAAUUCACUUCAGGUCUUCGACUUUACCCUGACGACUGAGGAGAUGGAAACUCUCAAGGGAAACAGCCGCAACUGUCGUCUAUUUAAGAUCCCAUCGUAAGUGUUUUCUUCCUUCUGGCCUCUACUGACGAUUUUUUAGAAUGGCAGGUCAUCCGGAGUAUCCAUUCAACGAGGAUUUCUAG